CCAGCCAACCCUAAUGGAUAUAUUAAGGAAUAUCGCUCACCAGCCGACAAACAACAGCAAGAUGUGCGAACAGACGCUCAACAAAUCCUGCGAAUUUCAAAAGAAGAAAGCAGAGGAGCAUUCGCAGGGACCCACGGAGACGUCGAGGAUCAUCACGGACUCCGCCACGGGGAAAUGUUACUGCCGCGGGAAAGUGAUGGGAAAGGGUGGUUUUGCGAAGUGCUACGAGCUUACCGACCUGGCCACCGGCAAGGUGUACGCUGCGAAAAUCAUUCCGCACACGCGCGUGUCCAAACCGCACCAACGAGAAAAGAUUGACAGGGAAAUCGAGCUACACAAAGCACUUCACCACAAGCACAUCGUUCACUUCUACCAGCACUUCGAGGAUAAAGACAACAUCUAUAUUCUGCUGGAGUACUGCAGUAGACGGUCGUUGGCGCAUAUCCUCAAGGCGCGGAAGGUCCUCACGGAGCCCGAGGUGCGCUACUACCUGCGGCAGAUCAUGUCAGGAAUGCGCUACCUUCACGAACACAAGAUCCUGCACAGAGACCUGAAGCUAGGGAACUUUUUCGUCAGCGAGUCUAUGGAGCUGAAGGUCGGGGAUUUCGGGCUGGCGGCCAGACUGGAGCCGGCGGGAAGCAGGCGCAAGACGAUCUGCGGCACGCCAAACUAUCUCUCCCCCGAGGUUCUGAACAAGCAGGGGCACUGCUGCGAGUCGGACGUUUGGGCCCUUGGCUGCGUCAUGUACACCAUGCUUUUAGGGAAGCCCCCAUUUGAGACCACCAACCUGAAGGAGACGUACAGGUGCAUCAGAGAGGCCCGGUACACCCUGCCCUCCACGCUGUCCCUGCCAGCCCGACAGCUGAUUGCCAGCAUGCUGUCCAAGAGCCCCCAGGACCGGCCCAGUCUGGAGAAUAUACUGACACACGAGUUUUUCACACAGGGUUUCACCCCUGAACACAUCCCAGCCUCCUGCUGCCACUCCGCCCCAGAUUUCCACCUCUCCAGCCCCACCAAGAGCUUCAUUAAGAAGGCUGCUGCGGCCCUGUUCGGGAGCAAGAAGGAGAAGGCCAAGUACUACAAGAGUCUGAAUAAGCUGUCCAGAGAGGAGGAUGAGAUCUAUAAGCUCCGGCAAGACCUGAGCAAUGCAGCUAUAGGCCAGCCGCCCUGCAGCCAGGCAUCUGAGGAUGAGAAGCUUCCAGCAGGGAAAUCCGUUGCCGUAGUGAUGGAAGAGAACAAGCAGCAGAGCCGAGACGCAGUUCGCACCAUCGUGAGAGGAAGCCUGGGCAGCACUGAGGGUCUUGAGGACAGCUCAGCCACCAGCACUGUGACAUCGUUGAUCAGUGUGAUGAAGAGCUGUCUGGAGAAGAUGCCCAAAGCCAGCGAUUUCCCGAGCGAGAACCUGGGGCUGAACUUCCUGUGGGUGACCAAGUGGGUGGACUACUCCAACAAGUACGGCUUCGGCUACCAGCUGUCCAACCACGUCGUGGGCGUCCUCUUCAACAACGGCACGCACAUGAGCCUGCUCUCCGACAGGAAGACUGUGCAUUACUACGCAGAUUUGGGCCAGUGCUCCUUCUUCUCCACCACUGAUGUUCCUGAGCAGUUUUCCAGUCAGGUCACCAUCCUCAAGUACUUAUCCCACUACAUGGAGGAGAACCUCAUGGAUGGCGGUGACGUGACGGCCGCGGUGGACACCAGCAGGCCCCCGCUCUACCUGCUCCAGUGGCUGAAGUCUGACCGCGCUCUGAUGAUGCUCUUCAACGACGGAACCUUCCAGGUGAACUUCUACCAGGACCAUACCAAGGUGAUCCUGUCUAGGUUGAACCAGGACCACCUGCUCACCUACAUUAAUGAGGAGCGAGUCUCCACCUCUUACUCCCUGUGCACCCUGCUGGCCUCUGGCUGCCCCGACGAACUGCGGCACCGGCUGGACUACGCCCUCAACAUGCUCCUGCAGAAGGCUGACUGAGAGGGGACGCUUUAGAGGGACGGACCAGUGUGCCCUCAGGCGCCUAGUGCAGGCCGAGUGAGAGGGGACGCUUUAGAGGGACGGACCAGUGUGCCCUCAGGCUCCUACAGAAGGCCAGCUGAGAGGGGACGCUUUAGAGGGACGGACCAGUGUACCCACAGGCUCCUACAGAAGGCCAGCUGAGAGGGGACGCUUUAGAGGGACGGACCAGUGUGCUCACAGGCUCCUACAGAAGGCCAGCUGAGAGGGGACGCUUUAGAGGGACGGACAAGUGUGCCCACAGGCUCCUACAGAAGGCUGACUGAGAGGGGAUGCUUUAGAGGGACGGACCAGUGUGCCCACAGGCUCCUACAGAAGGCUGACUGAGAGGGAACGCUUUAGAGGGAUGGUCCAGUGUUCACCUGAUGGCCCUGUCCAUGUUCUUGCUGAUAGCCAACGUGCAGAAGGACACUUCAUACACUCCUGUAUGAAAAUGCCCUCAACAUGCUAUUGCACACAUUGAACCAAUAUGUGCUGGGAAAUCGCUACAGGAAAAUGCAGGAGGGCAGUGCUGCAGAAGCACUUGGUGGAUAGAAGAGAUGAAAGUAAGGUCAGAUGGAGGUACGAGAAAUACGUAAUCAAUCGUAGCUGACGUAGUACAUUGAUGAAGACGACCACUGGGCCGGACCCAGAUAAUGUUUGUUUUUUAUACACUGAAAUGAAAUCCGGACGGUCGUGUGCUGCCUGCAGAGCUGGACCCUGGGAUGGCUGCGAUGCAAGUUUCUGUGGGGCAGGAAGGAGCACAACGUCAGAAGUGCACAAAUCAAACUUAACUGUGAACAAGAGCAGGAAUCAACACCUCAUCAUGCGGACAGGGGGAAUGGCUUCCUGAUUUAGCAUGUGUGUGUGGGGGGGGAAAAUAACUUAUUCUGGACAAAGUGAAUUAUUUAUUUAUUUAAUAAUAAAAAAAACUAUUCAAAGUUAUAA